GACAAAUUCAAAGAAAAAGUCAUGGCGUUUGGAAAAUUGCUCUUUUGUAUAAUAAUUUUCGCAAUUUCUACUGGUUUCGUCAGGGUGAAGGCUCAAAAAACAGUAAUAGUACUAACUGAAGAUAAUUGGAGUGAAAUACUCAGCGGAGAAUGGCUGGUGGAGUUCUAUGCCCCUUGGUGUCCCGCUUGCAAAGCUCUGGAACACAAAUGGAACGAAUUUGCGCAGUUGGGACCAGGAUUAGGCAUCAAAGUGGGUGCAGUUGAUGUCACCACAUCUCCUGGUCUCAGCGGCAGAUUUAUGGUCACAGCUCUGCCGACGAUAUUCCAUGUCAUUAAUGGAGAAUUCAGACAAUACAAAUCAUCCAGAGAUAAAGACUCUUUCACAUCAUUUAUUGAGGACAAGAAAUGGCAGCAAGUGGAACCUAUUCCUAAAUGGAAGUCCCCGGAUUCUAUCCAGAUGGGAGUUGUUUCCUCAUUUUUUAAACUGUCUCAAAUGUUGAGGCAUGUUCAUAAUAAAUUGACUGAAGAAUAUGGGUUACCUAGCUUUUGUUCUUACCUGAUAUUUGCUCUUGCCACAGUUACCCUUGGAGCUAUUCUUGGAUUGGUCUUAGUGUGUGCCAUUGAUUUGUUUUAUCCACCCAAAUGUACUCAAACUAUGAAUAAUUUGAAUGUUCAUGGAAAAGAUAAGGACAGUGACAAUGAACUGGACGACGAAGACAUCAAAGACGACCUGGUGGACGACGCGACUACGCCCGAACGCCACAAUUCGGGCGACGAAGCUCACCAUUCGCCCGCUCCUACCGACGGCGCCAAAACGAAGAGGCGCAAAAACGCUCGGCUCGAUAUCUGAACGGAUGAGUCGACCGUAUAAAAUAGGGUUAUUUAUUUUGCGAGACUGUGGCUCGGUGACGUUCGGCAACACGAGACGUCACUGCUCAACACUUGAAGCAAACGUAAAAUCGAAAUUUUUCGAUCAGUAUUGAUUCAUCAUAACUAUGGACUGUCUCAAC